UAGCACAUCCUGUUACUUUGUAGUCAGUGUAGAGUGCAGCUUAUCUGUCAGGGCUCAUAAAUGUUACGCUGAAGGAAGGGAAGCCACGUACAAUACAAUUUCCCGCGAGAGAGUAUGAAAAUUCUACACCGACUGAAAUAUCAAGUAAAGUCUGCACUAUUUUGUAUAUCAGCUAGCUAGCUUUCACCACUUUACUAUAUACGACGUCAUUCGGAUUUUAGCUAAAUGCUAACGCGGGAGCUGGUGUUUGCUGACGAGCGUUAGCUGUAAAGUUGCCUGUAUAUCUUUGAGGUUUAUGAAGACACAUACAAAUUAGGUUAGUACCAUGGAAAGUGAGUGUGUGUCAGUUCUGCCGCGCGUCUGUGAGGUGCUGGCCGCCUCAGGGAGAUCUCUGCCCGAUGACACUAGCCUGGAGAAACUGCUGGACUGGUUCACAGCGCUCACCGAUGCAGGGGUAUCUCUUCUGGAGACCUGCCCAUGUCUGCUUAAAUUCAUAUCCACUGUGGUUAACCACUCAACCCCAGACCCCAGCAUCCUCGCUUUCAUUCUGAAACUCACCGGUUUAAUCGCUGCCAAUGAGGACAACUUCCAAGUUCUUCAGGAGAGCCCGGUGUUGGACCUGGUCUUCGACGCUCAACACUGGCAGGGUUCAGGGCUCUGGGAGGAUCCAUCUGUACGGGUUGGCUGGCUCUGGGGAUUAAGAACAAUGCUGCAGCAUUCAAAGGCUUUGAGUUUCUUUGUGCAAGCAGAAUUUAUUGAACCACUCCUACAACUUCAGACAGACGCAAGUCUAUUUGUUGCAUCAGCUGCCAAUCAAAUGCUCGCUCACAUCCUGAUCUCCUGUCAGCCUGUCUCAUCUGCGGGAUGCAAGGGUGUAUAUUAUAAAGAAGACAGAAGGACAGGCACAGACAGAGAACACCUGACGGCCACUGUGGAAACUGACAAAGACGGCUCUGCUUUUAUCAUGGCAAUCUCAGAGUACUUCAAGAAGUUGCUGGUUCCCAAAGAUGCUUCACAGCUUCAUCACAGUCAGCAGGUCCUCAAACUGUUGGCCCUACUCCUGGCCCAGACCAGUCCUCCUCUGCAGGAGAAGCUGCUGCUGACAGUCACAGACUCUCUGGAGGAACUUGUGACAACAAACUACAGUCAGCUCACACUUCCUCUGAUGGAUGUCAUUCUGGCUGCACACAGCAGCUGUGGCAGUGAUGGAUCUGUCCCAGACCAACGUAUCGCUCAUCUUCUAUCAUUCAUGUUGAACACGAGGAAACCUGCUGACCUCAUUCUUGCUGCGGCUGCUUUUCUCCACAGCGGCUAUAAAGACCAUGUCCACAGAGCCCAGUCUUCCAGAGUUCUGCUGCUACCCCUCGACAUUGUUACUGGCCUUAAUUUACUGGGCACAAACAUUUUAGAUGAGCAUAGGUUUUCAAUGAUGGAGCAGCUCGGGAUUAAGACCUCCUGUGUCACCAUGAUUUGUGUCAGUCUAACAAACAUACCACAGAUUGCACAGACGGCUCCUGACCUCCUUCCCUGUCCGCUGGGCUUAAUCGUCUCUGCAGUUAUAUCAUUACUGAGGCUAUGCAGUGGAAACUCUUCCUCCUCAUCUGCUGGUUGUUUGAAAGUUUCCAGAAAUGUCACUGGCAGUGGUAAAGUUCAGAAAUGUGCUCUAGAGGCUCUCUUGGCACUCAGCAAUAGUUCAGAAGCACAGGUUAUGCUGGUUGAGGUGUUCUCGCUUCUAAUACACUACUUGGAUAAUCCUGAUUGUGACCCCACAGUGUUACAGAAGGCAUACCAGGUCUUAGUAAAGUGGAUAAGUGUUUGCACAGACCUCUCCGCCAUAACAGACCAGCUCAGAAAAGAUCUAAUUCAGGUGGUCAGGAAACGUGCGUGUGACAUCCGUUGGGAGGUGAGAGACUCAACUGUGGAGUUUCUGGGCCACCUCGCAGGGGUGCAUGCAUGCCAGACGUCAGCUGAGGAGGUAUGCAGUGUGUCAGAGGCUCUGCUGGGUGGCUGCUGUUUCUCGACUCCUCUCCUUAAAGAUGCACUGCAGGAUCCAGAGAGUUAUGUGAGAGCCAGCUCCAUAUCGUCACUGGCGCAGACACUGGCACACAGCUGGCACCAGGGGGCAGCACUUACACAAGAGCAGGCUGAAAUAGUGACCCAGCUGCUUGAAAUUCUCUCCCAGGACACUGAAGGAUUUGCCAGGAGGGCUGUUGUACAGUACUUCACCACCUGGUUGUCCUCAUGUUCUUCACCUACCUUCACCUGCUCUCUCCUCAUGCAGUCUGUGUGCUCCGUCCUCUCACUAGGCAGUGCUGAUUUAGACUGGGAGGUCAAAGUUUACACACUGGAUCUGGCUGGGCUCCUCAUAGACCAAGCCUUUUCAGGUUACCACAGUUACACAAAAGUAUUAGAGACCCAACCACACCCUUAUGCUUUGAUGUCCACCCAAACCUAUACAGUUCAUGCGCACACUGAGACACACACAGAGCAUGUGGAGUCAGAUUUGGUCAGUGUGCUGAACAGUUUGGGGGAGCAGGGGGUCAUCUCAGCACUGUUGUGCGGUUUGUUUGACUGUGAUAGACCAGUUGCUCUGAAGGCCUGUCGACUGCUGAUAAGACUCAGAGACAUUGUUUGUCCUCCGUCGCUAAGUGCCCAGGAUGCAAGUGUUGCCCUGGCAACAGACAAUGGAGUGACCUGUGAACUGUCUGGAAGGGGUUGGGCACAAGAGAUCAGGAACAUACUGCGAGACAAGAACCAGUCUGGGACAGGCACCACCGAGCAGAGACCAUUUCAGGGAACAGAUAUGGUUGAUUCUGAAGGCUGUGGUGAGGCUGCGAUGGAACAUGUGAGGGCUGGGAGUCACACUGUGCGUGUCAAUGUUUGUGAGGUGUUGAGGUCUCUGGAUUUAGACGAGAAGCUGGAGAUGCUGACUCAAAGCAGUGACCACAUUCACAACUCUCCUCUAUCUCUGCUGCAGGAUAUACUGACUGCAAGCAUCACCUACACUCACCCAAACUCAGAACCAGGCCAAGAGGUUAUAGUGGACUGCUACUGACACACAGACACACACGUUGUCUUUGAUGAUAGGAAUUGCACUGAUUAUGGAGCAGAUUUUCUUCUACCAGACGUGUGUUUAUAAAUGUGGUUAAAGCACAUAAUUUGUUAUCAAAGACAUUUCUUAUCAAAAAUUGUACCUGUCUUAACCCAUUUUGAAGACACUGAUUGGCACACACUGCUGUUACCAGAACCAUUUACAUUAGAUUAUACAGAAUUUUCUUUGUAUGAAUAAAUUGUAAAUAUAAUUUAACCUUGUGUGAGAUUGACGUUCAUUUUUCAGCACUAAUAAACUGCUCUACUUCUUCCUCUG